AUGCCCGCCCUGAUGCCAUCUCACAGCAGAUACAAGAGCUCAGCAGCAUCAGCAGCAGCUCCCUCCUACCGCAUGACAUCAUCUUCUAGGGCUGUGAUUGGACGAGGUGGAGCAGAGCACGGUGGGCCAGCGUUUCUCCAUCACAUUGAAGGACGGAGUGAGUCACUUGAUGUUGCUCAAAAUGCACCAGAGUUACAAGCCAAAUACCUUAUACCUUCCUCCACUAUUCAAAUGAUUGUGGAACAAAUAGACAGCCUUAACUCUGUGUGCCACCAGUAUGUAGUUGAUCUACUUCAAGGUGCUCUGCAAGCAAAUACUCAGUUGAGAGAUAAUUUAGGGUCCCACCAAAUUGGAGGUUUCACAGAGAAUUUCAGUGUGUCCACUUACUUCUGUAGAUAUUGUUUGGCAACUAGAAAUGAGCUCCAUGAUUUGCAAAAAUGUGCCCCACCCAGAACAGUGCAAAACUACAAUGAGGCAGUACAAGAGCCUGGCCUCCCACCUUGUAUUGCUCAUGAUGUAUUUGAAGGAGUUGUGGCAUAUGACCUGGCCAUUUACAUCAAGUACUUUGUGAAGGUGAAGAAAUUUUUCACCUAUAGUCAGCUAAACCGAAGAAUCAAACAGUUUAGCUAUCAUGGAUCAGAUGCCACGUCCACUCCUUCAGUGGUUGCAGAAAAAGGAGAUAAAUUAGGUGGCAAGGCCGCAGAAAACUGGUGUCUCCUGAGGCUUCUUCCUAUUCUAAUAGUAAUGGAUUAUGUAGAUGAUGAUCUUGCCAAUUUCGUUGGCUUUGCACUGCAAAAUUCAAGUUCAAAAGACCUGGUGUUGGAGGCUCUUCAGAACUUAGGAGUGGGAACCCUAGAAGACCUAAAAUAUGUCCAGGAGCCUGAUCUUGUUAAUGUCCUGAGGCCAAUUGAAGUUAGAAAAUUCCUUGCGCGGAUUAAAGCUUUGUCUGAAAAAGAUGCCAGUGAGGUUCCUGAUCUGCCUGCCAGAGCUCAGCUAAAUGCAACGCCAUGCCAAGGGCAUACAUCUACAUACUGUGUGGAUAUUUCCAACUCUCCUCCAUCCACAUCAUCAAGUGAAGCCUCAGCUUCUUACAGACAUACUCCAGUGGACAACAACUGGCACUUCAGUUUUGAAAUACCCUGGAGUAAAAUUCCAUCAGAAAUUACUAGAAAGCUGGAAAACAAAGAGAGGCCAACUGGACGUGAAAGACGGGAACUAAUUCGGCUGAUGGUAAGUGAGAUCCUGACCAUCUGCCCUACACCAGGAAAGAAACAUCUCAGUGAAAUAGCCAGGAAGAUUGUUGCAAUGUAUCCUCAAUCGUUCAAAGAUGUUAUUGAAGAUCAAGUUGUAGGUAGCGGUUAUGACUCCCUUACCAAACAGCUGCAGAGUAGAGUUGAUAACAUGAAAAGGGGCAAAAUCUCACUUUACCUGAAAAGACAGACAUCCAGUGCAAGUGAGGGAGAUGACACACCUUUCAAGAUUAAGAGAGUAGACACCUACGGCUGUAUAAAUUGGCAGCCAAAGCAGCUGCCAGAAGGUGAAACUGAGGAAUCUCAAAAAUGCAUACAAGAAGAAUUAAAGACAAUGCACAAAAACAAAUGCAAUAACACCAAAGAUAUUGAAAAAAAAAUGAUGGAUACUUUCUACAAUCAGAGAAGGAACAUAAUAAGUGGAAUGGAUACACCUCUUCUGGUAGAAGAGUGGCCAUAUCUGUUCGAGAUGUGUGGAUUAAUUAUUCACUUCAAAGAGCUAACAGGACUGGAUGUUGAUAGAGAAGCUGUUUCAAGUAAAUGUAGGAGAGUCAUUUCAUACCUAACGUCCAAUGAGAAGAAGAGCAAAAUCGAGGACAUCUUAGCAGGCAUGGAAAUUGCCAAAGCAAAGCAAGUAGAUUCUGAUCUUCCUGGAUGUGUGAUGCUGCUUCUGAAAUAUUUCAACGAAGAAGAGUCCAAGAUGUUCAUGAUGGUUGAUGAGACAAGUCUGCCAUCUGAAGUUGAUCAACUGCCCAGUACACCUUGCAUCGUUGUUUGCGGGAAUUCUCCCCUGACAGCUGGACGCUUUAUGAUUGCUGUGGAUCAGACCAUUGUGAACGAUGGUGUCACAAAUUGUGGUGAUGCCCUUCUGAUGAUGUUUGUGACCUACUACUGUCUCAACAUCAGUUAUCCAUUAGAAGUUGGUGCAACUCUGGAGUUCAUGCAAAGGUGCCUUUUCAAGAUAAAUCCGGACAGAGGGACCAAGGUGGAAAAGAAGCAAUCUAAAAGACAGCAGUCUAUUAAUCCCAAGGUUCUUUCUUUGAUUGCAAACAUUGCAAAUUUUGAAUGGAGAUAGAAGAAUAGUAACCUUGCAUUGCCAGUAUUUUCUUUAUGUACAGUUUAAACUGUUCAUUCUGCUGUUAUUAUUUUUUUGGGAGGCUAAGCUGUAUCCUGAGUUACAUUUUUAUGUUUCUUUUUAAUAUGCAUUGAAUUGUUUUAUGAUGUAUAUUGAAUAGAAAUUACUCUAAA